UUCCUAGGGACAUUUGGAUACUUUGGAGUACAAUCAGUCAAAGGUAGAGACCCAGUGUACCAGUCCACGAAGACAACGAUCCAGCCACAGCAACCAACGAAGCAAGCUGUUUUUAAUUCGUACAACUAUUCACACAAUUUGAAAUCAACUCCCAGUCUAUAUGCUGUUACAACUCCAAAAUUGCAAACUACACAAAAUCAGAUAUACUUCCAACAAAAUAACAAAUCUCCAAGCCCUACACAACAAACAAAAACGACAUCGAACAAGGAUACUAAAGCAGGACAGGGACAUAGUUUUAAGCCAAGCCCCCAAGAUCCGUUUACAAAGAAUAAUCUGAAAAAUGAUGUUAAUAAGGUUACGACAUACAACCCCCCCAUCACGACUAAUACGAAUCAGUAUUAUAAUUAUAAUUAUGUAUCCCAAAACUCUAAUCAACAUAAUGCGAACGUAAAUUAUAAUAACAAUAACCAACAACUUGAUAACGUUGGUUUAACACAACAAGUAUUGCACCAAUAUGCUAACCCUCCAAACGUAGUCAAUUACGCAGACGAUCCCAUAAACCCUGGUCAAUAUCAAGCUUCCUAUGAAGUCACAGAAAAAGAAACAGAUGUUAUUACUCGACCAGCAACUGGAGCAUGGUUCCAAGAUGCAUACGACUUAAAUCAGCAAGUUACUGAAGCUAGUAUUUUAACACAGGACAACUUUAAUAGUAUUAUGGCAAAACCAGUCACUGUAUCCGAGCAACCUGAAGAGUACGCUAUAGUAACUGAAGCUGAGAAGUUGUAUGAAAAUGGACUGAAUUAUAAUAAUCAAUUUGAAUUACAGAAUAGACCUCAGGGUGAAGAUUAUGAGCCAAUCGAGAAGAACAAAUUAAAAGAUUAUUAUUACAGAGUACCGACAACGCCUUCUGGAAGACGAACCAAGAAACCUGCUAAAGUGACACAGGAAGUUACAACAGAUAUAGCCGCAACUACCGAAACUCCUGUAGAAUCCCUGCCUACAUUACCACCAAGCCAACAUUUCAAAAGACCAAACUCAGAAUCAUUAGAUAAAGACAAAAUACGGAAACGUAACAAGAUAAGGAGGCGCAGGCCAAUAGGUAAUAGAAGAAACGAAACAAGCACGACAACCACAACCGAAACAAUACAGACAACUGAUGAAAUACAUACAAUAAGACCACGUAUCAGGCCAAUUAAAAGAACAGAAAGUCCUUUAACAACACCAAUAAUAACUUCUGAAUUAACAACCAGCGCUUUAGCAACGGAAGCACCAACCGCACCUACUCCUAUGAGAAAAAAACUAAACCAUCAAAGAAUUAUGACUACAUUAGGGAGAGCUGAUACUACAACACAACCCACUCAUGAACAAGAACAAAAUAGAGAGUCUCCUAUAAUGAAAAUAUCAUCACGACUACAUACUAGACAAAAUUACGAAUAUAGAAACACUGAUGUGCCAGAUUAUACACAUAAUCAAGAUGAGAAGGAAACACCCACUAGCGACACGUCUGUUGAUUUCAGAGAUAAUUCUAAGACUGAGGCAGACAUUUUGAAAGAAUUUUCAUUCCAUAGAGAUGUAAGACCCGUCGAAAGUACAACAGAGUCAUCAAAAGAGACGGUUGAUAUUGAGACCACUACACAGCGCACUGAAAAAUCAAACAUUGGAAAAAUACCCAAAACAAAUAAAUACAGCAGGCCAAAGUUCAGUGUUAAAGAUUACAGGAACAGAUUAAGCUCAACAACUAGUAGCACAGAAAAAGCAACAGAAACAUACAAACAAAGAUUUCCUCAGAGAAAGAAUCCUUACUCAGAAAUAAACACUGAAAUUGAAACAACAACUGAAAGGAGAAAGUUCACGCCGAAAGAGCCACGGUACAAGUUAAAUAAAACAGAGAAUAUCGAUCAAGACAUUCAAUCACGCCACAGCAGUAGAAUAAGACAAACAACAGAAGCCGCUGAAACUACGACACAAAGAAUCUCAUCAAGAAUACGAAACGGACAACGAAGACCGAAACCAACAGACGAAACAAUAGAGACAUCCAGCACUACUGCAGGAAAAAGACCGCUGAGGAAGAAGAUAAAAGACUCCGAGACUGGAGAAUCUGUACAGGAUAUCACAAUAGGUGAUGCUAAAUCAAGUCAUGAACACAAAAAUGAAAUCACAUCGGAAAGAGCGAGAUCUGAGAGCGCUAUCAUGAAAAUUGCUGAUAAGAAACACCAAGAUCACAUCGAGAAACUGUUUGAACAUUCGAAACGUGUUUCAGACUUGACAUUAGCCGCAAGCAAAGACUAUAACACACCGGGUAUGUUUAAAACGAUAUCGGCAAAUAGCAGACGCAUACCGAACUAUUUUACAAUAGCGACAGACGAUCCCAUACUUCCAAUAGAAGCAUUCUUCCCCCAACUCAACCAAAAGAAGGAAUCAUAAAGUUCCUGUUAUAAAUUAAUAUAAAAACCAAAUCUCUUAUCUGCCAAAGCGUCGUUUUCUAUUUCGUAGUUGUUACUAAUGGUAGAUUAUUAAGUAAAUCCGUCCUGCAUUUUAACCUUGACUGUCUAAUAUACGUUGGUGCUCAUUUUAAUUAAGUCGUGAUACGAAAUAAUAAGUAUUAUUUGUGGAUUAUUCACGAAUUGCGUUAGUAUAACUGUAUGAGUGUAUGUAUGAAUUGUGUGUCCUUAAUAUUUAUAUUUGUACCUAGUUAAUAGUUGUAAAUAAAAAUUCCUAAUGUAACAA